CACGCCCUACGAUUUGGCUGACUAUAUAAGGCUUAUACCUCGGGUGUUCAGGUACAUCGCCCUUACGACUCAUCAUUGUCAUUAAGGAGGAUUUCAGCAGCAAACUUUCAUCAAAAUGCGUGAGUGCAUCAGUAUCCAUAUUGGUCAAGCCGGUGUCCAGAUGGGCAAUGCCUGUUGGGAGUUGUACUGUCUGGAGCAUGGUAUUCAGCCUGAUGGUCAGAUGCCCUCAGACAAGACCAUUGGCGGGGGUGACGACUCCUUCAACACCUUCUUCAGCGAGACUGGGGCUGGAAAGCAUGUGCCUAGGGCAGUUUUUUUGGAUCUCGAGCCCACAGUCGUUGAUGAGGUGAGAACUGGAACAUACCGGCAACUUUUUCAUCCCGAACAGUUGAUCACUGGAAAGGAGGAUGCGGCUAACAACUAUGCUCGUGGUCACUACACUGUGGGCAAAGAGCUCAUUGACAUCGUGCUGGACCGGAUCCGGAAACUCGCUGACCAGUGUACCGGCCUGCAAGGCUUCCUUCUUUUCCACAGUUUUGGAGGCGGCACUGGAUCCGGAUUUUCUUCUCUGCUCAUGGAACGUCUCAGUGUCGAUUAUGGCAAGAAAUCUAAACUAGAGUUCGCCAUCUACCCGGCGCCCCAGAUUUCCACCGCUGUAGUGGAGCCUUACAACUCUAUUCUCACCACACAUACUACCCUGGAACACUCCGACUGCGCUUUCAUGGUUGACAACGAGGCUAUUUAUGAUAUUUGCCGCCGCAACCUUGACAUUGAUCGUCCAACCUACACAAAUCUGAACCGUCUGAUAGGGCAGAUCGUCAGCUCCAUCACCGCCUCUCUUCGAUUUGAUGGGGCUUUGAACGUUGACCUGACAGAGUUCCAGACCAACCUGGUGCCUUAUCCACGUAUUCACUUCCCUCUGGCAACCUACGCUCCUGUCAUAUCCGCCGAGAAAGCCUACCACGAGCAACUCACAGUCGCGGAAAUCACCAAUGCGUGCUUUGAGCCGGCUAACCAGAUGGUGAAGUGUGACCCUCGUCACGGUAAAUACAUGGCCUGCUGUCUUCUGUACAGAGGUGAUGUCGUACCUAAGGAUGUCAACGCUGCCAUAGCUACCAUCAAGACCAAGAGGACCAUCCAGUUCGUCGACUGGUGUCCAACUGGCUUCAAGGUUGGAAUCAACUACCAGCCCCCUACUGUUGUACCAGGAGGAGAUCUGGCUAAGGUCCAGCGUGCCGUGUGCAUGUUGAGCAACACUACCGCCGUCGCGGAGGCCUGGGCUCGUCUUGAUCACAAGUUUGAUCUGAUGUACGCCAAGCGUGCUUUCGUCCACUGGUACGUCGGAGAGGGUAUGGAAGAGGGAGAGUUCUCCGAGGCUCGUGAGGAUCUGGCAGCUCUUGAGAAGGACUAUGAAGAAGUCGGAGUUGAUUCUGUAGAUCAAGAAGGCGAAGACGAAGGAGAUGAAUAUUAGACGAUAACAUGUUCUAUCGCGCUCAGGGCCAAGAAAUAUAUAUUAUUCUCUAAUGUUGUAAUAAAAUUGUUUUGGCAAUAGAAA